CACAUAUACGGAAGCAACUUGCACGCCGUACGGUACACACGCUGCCUAGCUAGCUUGUCCUGAGCGAAAUCGAUUUUGAAGCAGAAUUCCUCACAUCCACCCAGAAAAUGUCUGCAGCUAAAGUCAAAAUGCGACUGAAGAAACUGAAAAACCAACCCGCUAAUGUGCAGUUUGUGUCCUCGCAUGGUCAUGAGGAGGGCAGCCCCCAUCCCAAUGGUGGAAUUGGUGAUGGUCCAUCUGACAAAGGUCCACCUUAUGUAAGAAAGAAGAGAUCCCACCAAGAGACUGGGUGGGUCCGUGGACACCAGAAAGAUGCCGGAGUCUAUGCUAACCAGAUCCCAAAGAUAAUUAAUGCUGGAGUUUUUGCCAGAGCCAGGGCAGCAGAAGUAAGUGCCAUGCUGAAAGCAGUUACCAAGACAACAGGCAGCUGUCAUGUCUUUGGAGCGCUGCCGAAGCACAUGAGGAGAAGAGCGAUGAGCUACAACACCAAGCGUCUUCCUUGCCGACUCAGAGAGCUGGCCAACAGAAUGAGAGAGAAAUGCCUGCAGGGCAGCGUUAAAAAAAAGGAGCAGGCUAAGAACAAGAGCCGCAAAGCUCGCCGCCGUCAUGGAAACGUGCUGCUGGAGUUCAACCGACGGCAGAGAAAAAACGUGUGGCUGGAGACGCACAUUUGGCACGCCAAGCGCUUCCACAUGGUCAAAAAGUGGGGCUACUGCCUCGGGGACAGACCCACCUUAAAAUGUUACCGCCCCAGCUACCGAGCCAUGAGCACUCAUUGUCUGCUGCAGGACCUGUCAUAUUACUGCUGCCUCGAGCUCCAGGGAGAAGAAGACAAGCUCCUGGAUUGUCUGUCCCAGCUGACCAGCAAGGAGGCUGGCCCUACAUUUGCCCAGCGGUUGUGUCUGUCUGGACAAAGACAAGGUAGCGUCGUGUUGUACAGGGCUGGACAGUUCCCCUCGCAGCCUUUGGGUCCAGUCACAUUCCUCUGGAGACCCCGUACGCCCGGCUCCGCUCACAGGCAACUGUGGACCUGGGUUCAUCCUUCUCUUAAACAGGAUGUCCUCACUGAGUUCCAAAGUGUGUGCCAGUGUCAGCCCGUGGUCCCACUGCCUGUGCCUUCGGUUCUACACGCAGAGGUAAUCUCGGCCACAGAUUUGGAACCAAAGCCUGAUGAAAACCCUGCAACCAAGCAAACACCUGGAACGAAGAGGAAGCAAAACCGCAAGGAUGCAAGUGGACCUGUUGCCAAGAAGAUCCUGGGCGAUGGAACCAGAUCUCCCAACACCCCUGUUACUUGGAAAUCAAGUUCAACUGGAAUAUUGAUCAAUGAUCUCACAAUGGAGAUUGUACGAUAUCGCCUGAUUGGGCCGCAGUCCCACUCUGUGCUGACAGACGCUUUGGAAGCUGCUACAGACUGUGAUGAAAUAAGCAAAUCGCAGUCCUCCUGCCUCUGGUGGCCCGAUCACUGCAAAGAUGAGAGCAAAGUGAAACUCCAUGAGCAGCAAACUGACGUCUUUCAUACACUGAAAGGCAUCUACUCAACUGCAGAGCUGCCCCCCGGCACAGUGCUGGGGCUGACAGUUGAUGACCCUCGGCUGAAUAUCCCCGCAAAAGCGGUUAAAGCUUUGCCUUGUGUAAAGGAGGCCCAAGAGGUGGAUGACGAGAAGAGAAAGGAGCUGUCAUUGCGCGGUGUACCAGAACACUGUUGUCGAAGUUUUCUGUGGGAGCAGUCGGUGCGCAACAAUGUCACAGAGAAUAAAAUUUCAGAGCAGGACUUAAACCGUAUGAGGAGCGAGGUUCUGGUUCCCGGGUCCAGAUUUAGGCCUGUUCCCCCGCAGGGUCGAGUUCCCAUCCUGCUGGUUCACCAGCCUGGCAAGCAGCUGGGACACGAGAUGAAUUCCUGGGGUGCCGGAUGGGACCUGUUUCUUCCUAAAGGCUGGGGCAUGGCUUUUUGGAUCCCACUGGUAUACAGAGGCGUUCGCAUUGGUGGACUCAAAAUGAGUCUGACGCACUCGCGGAAUAAAGGCGUUCCGCACUUCCCCCACGAUUACCCAGACUGCCCUGCAGGAGCUCGUUUUCAGGAGGAGCAAGAAUCCGAGCUGCUGGAAAAGUUCAAAAGACGCCCGCCAGCCAAAAGAACCAAUUACAUUAAACAUGGCUGCCUGGCUCCAUUCUGUUGCCCGUGGCAACAGCUGGCUGAGGAGUGGGAUGUUAUUGGAAGCGAUGGAGAGGAGAGAAAAGGAGACAUCAUGGCUAAAAUGUCAUCACGGAGUGACGCAGCAAUCAAGUGUGAGAUAACGUCACAUCACGAAGACCCUGUGAUGACGGCACAAACACACUUCACUGUCCUGAGGAACAGGAAGUCUUUGAAGCUUCUCUCUAGUUGGUGCAUACCCACAUCAUCUAAAGGUCAGAGGUCACACCGUGUCAGGGAAAUGCCACUUCUGGACUGUUCAGCAAAGACGUCAUUUCUAGCAAGUCACGGAAUGAGUUUGGUUUGGGUACGUCUGUCGCUGUUGUUGAAGGGCAAACCGGAGCUCCAUGCCAUGGUAUGUGUGCCGACUGCCGAUGAUCUCAAGCUACUGAACAAAGGGCUUAGCAGUAGUGGCCCUCAGGAGCCCCCGCACAGGGAUCGCUUAAAAAGCACAAUCAAGCAUGGGAAGAAGGGGACCAAGAAAAAAGCUGUUAAGACAAAAAGUCAAAACACCCCUUCAACAUCUGAACAAAAGCCCACCACGGUGGAAGACCUCCAGCUAGCUUGUCCCGCUUCUGAUUUUGUUUUGGGAGUGUGGCCAAAUCCCCUGCCGAGCGUCACCUCUCACUGCUCACGAGUAACACUCGGUUGGGUGACUCAGGCUGACUUCUCCCUGUCGGCAGGCUGCGGGGAAGCUCUGGGCUUUGUGAGUGUCACGGGCCUCGUUCACACACUCAUCAGUCAGCCUGUGGAACACCGAGGAAUGGUGGUGCUACGCAACCCCAUGUCUCUACAGUAUCGCUUUGCUAAAAUUAACAUAGAAGUUUGAAUGGAACAUAUGCAGAACUUGCUUCAUUUUGAGGCAAAUGCAUUUUUUGGGUUUACGGGAAGCUGAACACUUUCCCUAACAGCUAGACAAAGAAGUUGCAUGUUUUUUUUUUUUUUGCACAAUGAUCUCAAACCAUGAGCCAUCUUUGAUUUGUGCAUGAUGUAAAAUAAACUAUCUGCAGAUAUAAAUUACAUUUUAGAUAUGUUAAACUAAUACUUAUCAACUGAUCAUGUACUUAAACUAAAAAUGUAGAUAAACUUUCCUCCCUCCCAUCUGGUUAUUGAAAUGCAUUUGUACAUUACAUGCAGCAUUUAUAUGAAGUUUGUUGAAAAUAAAAUGCCACCGCAUU